AUGAAGACCUCUACACAACCAUCACCAGGCCAUCUUGGCUCAGCUGGCAAAGUUAAACGCAUCGUCGGCAAGAUUCGCCGUCAUACUCAUCCUCCCUCUGUCACCUCCAAGUCCUCUGUCUCUGCUCCAUCCUCCACCCACGCCUCCAGCAUGUCAUCAAAUUGUCCUCUGCGCUGUCACAGAAAUAGCCAGAGUCGUCGCGGGUCGGCGGCAGAAGAGGAGCGCGCACGCGACAUCGCACUAUGGAACGCAGCCUACGAUGCCCUCAAGAAGGACGCUCGAUCCAAUGGCCUCGUGCUCGCCUACGAGAACAUUAUCGGCCACGAACUGCCCGAGGCGCAUAGACCCGGCCAUCAUGGAAACCCGAAUGAGCUGCCGAUGGAUGGCGAACGACGCCUGGAGCUCAUGUCCAUGAUUGCGUCUUCAGGCUUGAACCGCGAAGUUAGCGUUACAUCCAACUCGGAUUCGGGUGAUGACGAUGCUCGUGAGAUUCUUGUUGAGGCGAGAUCUACUGUUGCUUCUUUGAUGCCUCAACAACCGAGCGCCGCUCUCGCUUUUGCGGGAAUCUGCUCUUUAACACCUCUUCUCCUCGACCCUCUCCUCCGUCACGACGACCUCCGCAGCGGCUUCGUCCAUCUGAUAGCCACCAUCCCACACUACAUGAGCCUCGCCCGGUGCACCUACCCCUCAUCAUGGACAUCCGCCGAAGACUAUGAGCGUCUGCAACUACAGGUCCGGCAGACGCUGCUGGACCUGUACCGUCGCAUCCUCGAGUACGAGAUGAACAUUGUCUGCGCCGCAGCGAGCGCCUGGAACAUGGCUGCUCGCAACGUCGUCGAUUGGCAAGGGUGGCGGACUAUGGAUGAUGCUGUUAGGGAGAAGGACGUCGAGGUGAUGGGGGAAAUGGAGAAGUACGGGACUAACGAGGCUAGAGCGCUGAUGGAAGAGAAGAAGAAGCCUGUGCCAGAGGGCGGAGGAAGAGGAAGCAUGUCUUCAACUACAGAUGCUGAAUAUGGGCAAUGA